GCUAAAACCGCAAUCCGGAAUCCGCAAUCUUGAAAGCCGGUAACGUUUUCGGUUAAGUGAGAUGUUUGUGGCCAAGUGUGUCCUUUUUUUUGUGCUUCAAAUCUUAACCUGCCAUGGCGAGUUCUUCAGUUCCACCUCUGGUCUGGAAAAACUGUUCGAAACGGAGGUUGUUCUUCUGGCAGAACUGCAGCAAUAUGUGAAUGAAAUUAACCAACAUGCUGAGGCGCUGCAGAGUGAGAUAGAUGCUAUCCGCUUGGAACACCUGAAUGCCGCCGAGGGCAUCGAUGACUACCUCAACAAUCCGGUGAACGCAUUCCGGUUGAUUAAACGCCUCCACAGCGAUUGGGAAACUUUCGAGGGCAGCGUUACGACAGAUUCGAGUCGCUCAAACUAUCUCGAAGCCAUGGCCAGACAUAAGGAGAAUCUGAGCUAUCCUUCGCAGGACGACUUCGUGGGAUCAGCAAUUGCGUUAACUCGACUUCAGCAGACCUACCAACUGGAUGUGGCCGAAUUGGCCAGUGGAAUUCUAAAUGGCGUUAAAUACGGUACGGCCAUGUCCUGGCAGGACUGCUUUGUUCUCGGCCAGCACUUGUACGCCUUGAGGGAUUACAAUCACACGGUGCCAUGGUUGCAGCAGUCGAUGCAGUUGCUCGGUGAGCAGUCCUACGGAACGGAAUCCGCGUCCCUGGACUUUAUGGAGGCGGUGGUGGACUAUCACCGGGAGAUGGGUGCCCACGAGAGUGCUUUGACUCUGGUGAACCACGUGCUAUCCAUUGAGCCAGAGCAAAGGAGUCACCUCCUGGAGGCUCGUCAACAUUUGGAGGAGCUAAUCACCGAUGGAGAUAAGAACGGGUUGCUACACAUGACAGCACGAAGACCUGGGGACUACCAUGAAUCCCGGGAGUUUCGUAUGUACGAACAGGUUUGUCGUGGGGAGUUGGCUCCUCUUCCUUCCGAGCAGCGAAAUCUCCGUUGUCGUCUGAGGAAAAGUCGCUUUGGCUAUGCUCCUUUUAAGUUGGAGGAACUCCACUUGGAUCCGCCGGUGGUGCAGCUGCAUAACGUGAUUAGCUCCAAGGAUUCGGAAUUUCUGCAAAAGACUGCCAGACCCAGGAUUAAGAGAUCCACUGUAUAUUCUCUGAGUGGAAGUGGGGCAUCCACCGCAGCCGCUUUCCGCACCAGUCAAGGUGCCUCCUUCAAUUACUCCAGGAAUGCAGCCACCAAACUUCUUAGUCAGCAUGUAGGUGACUUCUCUGGUCUGCAAAUGGACUACGCCGAAGAUCUGCAGGUGGCUAACUAUGGCAUUGGAGGGCACUAUGAGCCCCACUGGGACAGUUUUCCGGAAAACCACAUAUACCAAGAGGGGGAUAUAAAUGGCAAUCGAAUUGCCACUGGCAUAUAUUAUCUCUCCGAUGUUGAAGCCGGUGGCGGUACCGCAUUUCCCUUUCUGCCCCUGUUGGUGACCCCUGAACGAGGAAGUCUGCUCUUCUGGUACAAUCUUCAUCCUUCUGGAGACCAGGAUUUCCGAACCAAGCAUGCCGCUUGUCCUGUACUUCAGGGCAGCAAGUGGAUCGCCAAUGUCUGGGUUCGAGAACGCCAUCAGGAUCAAGUGAGACCCUGCGAUCUCCAGCAGAACCACGAAAUUUCAUUGCAUUACAGGGACUUUAACUAG